GGUAAAGUUUUCCUUCAAGGUCACUGUGAAGCAUUAGUGGUAGAACAUACAUUCAGCGCAUAAGUGAUUCGUUGUGAGAAAUUUGCUCUAAAGUAGUUUUCGUAUAAACAGCUUAUCCUUCAACUCCCUUUUACAUUACCCAUAGCUUCCCUUUUUUUUAUUGGAGUUGAGUUGAAUUUGUAUAAAAGUUAUUAGAAAACGAAUUCCAAAAUAGUCAGAAAAAGUUUUUGUGUAGUAUAAUUCGAUUAAACAUGUCAGCCAUUGACUUGUUAAAGGAGCUAAUCAAAGCUACGGAAAAGGCGGCGAAUAUUGCUAGAAUUUGUCGAAAAGAUGAUCAUCUUUUUAGUUUAUUGGUGCAAGAAAAAUCCAAAGAAGAGUCGAAUUCAAGAUUUGAACAUGAUUUUAAAACUUUGGCGGACUGUUUGAUUCAAGAAGUAGUGAAACAUGAUAUUGGUAAAAAGUUUCCAGGAUUACGAGAAAAUAUUCGUGGAGAAGAAAAUCCCAGCUUCACAAACGCUGAAGGUGAAUCGAUUGUUGUGACUGUGAGCGAAGACAAAAAUGAAACAAUUGAUAAUAUUCAAAAGAUACUAAAUGGAGAUAGAGUAGCAGCCAUUCAGCUCGUCGAAGAGGUGUUCAGAGAAAUUGAAAUUGAUUCGGAGCAAUGGCAAAUUCCACAGGAAUCAAUUUCUUUAGAUAACGAUAUAAAUGAAUUGGGCAUUUGGAUUGAUCCAAUAGAUGCUACAGCAGAGUAUAUACGUGCCCAAGAUAAAACAACUAAGUUUCCCAAUAUUAAGGCAUCAGGUCUAGAAUGUGUAACUGUUCUCAUUGGUGUCUAUGAAACAGUGCGAGGAGAUCCUAUUAUUGGUGUUGUGAAUCAACCCUUUGCGAGUAAAAAUGAGACGGAUACCUACGAAAGCAGAAUUUAUUGGGGACUAACCAUAGGUGAUUUGAAAUAUAAUAAUGUAAUGGCGGUCGAAAAUGAAGAAAGAAUUGCCGUUUUAUCACCUUCAGAACAGUCGAAGUAUGUGGAGUUUUUAAAAAAUCAACUUAAGUACGAAAUUGUAUAUUCGUCAGGAGCUGGUCAUAAAAUAUUGAAAGUUAUCACAGGUGAAGCUGAAUUAUUCUUACUCAGUAAAGGUACAACGUACAAAUGGGAUACGUGUGCUCCUCAAGCUAUUCUAAAAUCAUUGGAUGGGGAAUUAUUUAAUUUACAAGACACCUUAAUCAACAAAUCAUUGAAGAAAAUAUCGUAUCAUGAUACAAAAAUUAUUCGUAAUACUGGUGGGUUGAUUGCAUACCGAAACAUCGAAAAAUUUAAAGAUUUCUUGAAAUUGUAAGACAAAUGAUAAACCCACAAAUAUAUUUGAUAAAUUUUCGAAUAUCAAAGCAUUCGUACAGGAAAAUAAACUCUAAUGUAACUAGUCACAAAUGAAAUAGCGGCUGUUAAUUGUUAUCAAUAAGUAUAUAAAAAUGUGUCUGUUAUAAUCCUAUUAAUAGCCAGAGUUAUCGCUAGACUCAAGUAUAUUUUUUAUUUCAAUUAUAAUCGUUACAUCCUAUGGGCAUGUGUUGGGUUGGAAAUCGAACCCAGCUAGACUGCGAGAAGGGUCUUGCCCAUCACGCUAUGCUCGUUCCCGCGCUAGUAUAAUUUCAUUCCGGAUAAAAUGAUCAUAAACGUUUUUUUUGCAGAAUAUUCAGUAAAACCGAUUUAGCUAUAUUUCACAAAGUUGCUACAUUACGUAAUUAUUUCAUCAGUUAUUCAUUACUAGGUAUAAAUUUGUAGCAGUUUCAAAGGUUUGUGGUAUUAUUGAAUAACUUAUGUUAUGUUGACAGAGAGAGUUUCUUUUUUUUUCUUCUCUUCAAAAGUACCUAAUUUAUAGCCGUGAAAUAUAUAUAUGCUCUCUAAAAUUAGAAGUUAUUUAUAAAAAAGCGCAUAUUAAUGUUAAACGAAUAUAAAACCAAUAUCAAUUAGAAGAGCUUUAAUGUAUAUUUAGAGAAUAGUUGUGCAUUUCACAUGCCGAGAUGAUGUGUAUUUGUUUUGUGGAAAUAAAACUACCAAAUGCGUUGUGAAGAACUAA